CGGCGGAUCUGAUGACACUUCGGAUGCGAGAUGGGUCAAAAAGGGUAAAGAACCUGUGGAUCCAAACGCCAACAGAGAAUUAAACCUGUGGCUCCUUCGAGCGAAGGAAGCACGUCUGGCUCUGCCCUGCCGGGCUUCAUCUGCGUCCGGUGGUUUCUCCUUCGGAUUUGUGCACGGGACGAUUUCUUCCGUGAGCUCCAAGUCUCCCGGCCCUUAAUCCCCAUCCACAGGGUCUGUGUAGCACACGCUCGCUCAUUUCCGUUGCCUGGAGCUUUGUGCUCUGUCUACUCUUCUUCAAGCAGGUGAGGCCCCUUUUAGCUGCACUUCAGAUUCAUUGGAUCUUUGGGUGGGUUUUGUGGAGCAUCAGUCGGGCCUUCCUUACCGUAGGACCUCGGUUGAGGCUUGUCGCCACGUUGGGGGGUCUAGAAGCUUGAAAAGAUCGGGAACGAGCGUUUUGUUGGCUGAGGGCGGACGGACGCUCUUGUGUUUUGGCAUUUGGAAUAGGCUUUCUGAUAGAUCGCGACAUUUCGUGCUCGGGAUUGCGAAGAGUUGGCUAUUGCAAAUUCACCAGCCAUUAUGGCGCAAGGAUGCGCACUCUCGACUACUUUCACGACGGGGAUCGUCGGUCCCUCCCAGCUUCUGCAGCGAGGGUCAGGUGGUGCAUUGCAAUCUAUGGCCAGUCCCACUCAGAUUCAGAAGCGAAGCGGUGGUCGAAGCGUUGUUGCUGUUAUGGCCCCGCCACAACCACAGCAAAGAUCUCCAUCUUCCACCGGCUCAGUCAAGCACGCCAUGACGAUGACUGAGAAGAUUCUUGCGAGAGCUUCAAACAAGGAGAGGCUGACACCUGGUGAGAAUGUCUGGGUGAAUGUUGAUACUUUGAUGACACACGAUGUAUGUGGACCUGGUACCAUCGGAAUUUUCAAGAGAGAAUUUGGCGAAGAUGCGAAGGUUUGGGACCGUGAGAAAAUUAUUCUUAUCCCUGAUCACUACAUUUUUACGGCCGACGAACGUGCGAACAGAAAUGUGGAUAUUCUUCGUGAAUUUGCCCAGGAGCAAAAUAUCAAGUACUUUUAUGAUAUCACGGAUAAAAGCAACUUCAAGGCCAAUCCUGACUACAAGGGAGUAUGUCACGUAGCUCUUGCUCAGGAAGGGCAUUGUCGCCCAGGAGAGGUGCUUUUCGGUACAGAUUCACAUACCUGUAAUGCUGGUGCUUUCGGUCAGUUUGCCACUGGAAUUGGGAACACCGACGCAGGAUUUAUAUUCGGAACGGGAAAACUCCUAGUCAAGGUCCCUCCUACUUUGAGAUUUAGACUGGAAGGAGAGAUGCCCAAAUAUUUGUUGGCCAAGGAUCUUAUUCUGCAGAUUAUUGGCGAGAUUAGUGUCGCUGGAGCAACCUACAAGGCUAUGGAAUUCUGUGGCUCAGCUGUCGACAACAUGACAAUGGAAGAUAGAAUGACUAUAUGCAACAUGGUUGUAGAAGCCGGUGGGAAGAAUGGGGUUGUCGCGGCAGACAAAGUCACGUUUCAAUAUCUAGAGGGAAAGACCACAGUUUCGUAUGAACCUGUCUACAGCGACGAGUCUGCCAGCUACAUUGAAGAGUAUGUGUUCGAUGUAACAAAACUUGAGCCUUUGGUUGCGAAGCCUCAUUCCCCCGACAACCGUGACACCGCACGAGCUUGCAAGGAUGUGAAAAUCGAUAGGGUGUACAUAGGAUCUUGUACCGGUGGGAAGACUGAAGAUUUUAUUGCCGCAGCGAAAAUUUUGGCCGCCUCGGGUGGAACUGUCAAAGUCCCAACCUUCCUCGUUCCUGCCACGCAAAAGGUGUGGAUGGAUUUGUAUACUCUGAAAGUACCUGGGACAGAUAAAACUUGCGCAGAAUUGUUUGAGGCAGCGGGGUGCGAUACACCCACAUCGCCUUCCUGUGGUGCCUGUUUAGGUGGUCCACGUGAUACUUAUGCACGGUUAAAUGAACCUAAGGUUUGUGUAUCAACAACAAACCGGAAUUUUCCUGGAAGGAUGGGACACAAAGAAGGCCAAAUUUACCUCGCUUCUCCUUUCACAGCCAUGGCUUCCGCCUUGACCGGCUAUGUUACUGAUCCUAGAGAAUUUUUAUAAAAAUCUUGUGGUAGUAUCUGUAAGUCUGAGUCAACGCGACUUCAGACAGAUUUUGCUUGUAGAAGUGCCUCCAAGUCAACGAAGACUUGAUCCGCUGCCAGAAAGCUGAUUCCCGAAAUACGGAGCGUUCACCCUUGUUACCAGCUCACAUAUUUGUCCGUAGAAAGUAUAUAUCAAUUUUGAACCCCAUUCUAUUUUCCACGGAAUAUUUUAAAUGAUCUGAAGUUGAAGAUAAGCAACGAUAUUUCGUCCGUUCUUGUAGUGUGUGUCCCACUUCCACACUGAGCAAAUCCAGUACGAACUUUGUGCACCAAGUGUUCUUCACUCUUUCUUUAUCCACAGCAAAUUUGCUCACUUUGAGUAUGUUAUAAUAUAUCUCAUGAGUUCCGCUUGGUGCGCCACUUGCAGU